GGUUGGGUGGGUAAAGUUCCUCAAACCAAGAUCCAGACAACUUCUCAUCAGGAUUUAGGGAAGCCUUGCCGAGGAUGAUUGAGGGAUAUGGAUGAAAAUGAGUCCACAUCAGAAGGUCUCAAACAGCACUGACCUUCAAUCUACCAGAAGUGGACCGGUGACCAGGCCUGUGGAUGAAAAGGAGAAUUUAUUGUGUAAAAUGAAGUCCACAAUUCCAAGAAGAAAAAAUGCUGUUAUUAAAGCUUUCAGCAAAACCAGACAAAGUGAUGAGUAUGGGGCAUGUAAUGUAUCCCAAAAUGCAGUGCUUUUGAUGGAAGCCCACGUUCACCUUACCAUGGGCUUGCAGUCAAGAGAGAGACUUCUGCUGCUUUUCACAGAUUCGCUUAUCAUCGCCAAAACUAAGUCUCUGUAUCUAAAGCUGAAGGCUCGUGUUAGCCUCUCAGACAUAUGGCUGGCAUCCUGUGUUCAUUUCAUCACAGACAGGAAGCUCACCUCCAAGAACUCAUUUGUGAUUGGCUGGCCGGCUACCAACUAUGUCGUCACUUACAGCUCAUCAGAAACAAAGGAGAGAUGGUUACAUGCUCUUCACUGGCACACCUGCAGAGCCAAGCAAAAAGUCUUGCCAAAUGCCAUUCUUCUCUACGUCCUGCUGAUUUGCCAUCCAGAUGACAAUAGCUCAGAGACCGUUGCUGUGGCAGUGGACGUGAGCACGACCGCAGAAAAUGUGGUUCAGUACAUCAUGCAGCAGUGCAAACUAUUGGGUGAAGUCUCGGACUACCAGCUGUGUGUAAACUAUGAAAAAGAAGAGGAAACAUACCCCCUUAUUGGCCAUGAGCUACCAUUCUUCAUCCUGCAUCACUCCCUGAGAAGUCAACAAGACCAUCUGCACAUGCCCAGUGAGCCCCUGCAGGAGGUGUUUAGUUCUGGCCAGCAGACAGAGGCCACUCCCAAGACCCCUCACUUCACCCUAAAACCCAGAACACAUACUCCUAGGGGUGCUUUGCUGAAACAUAAAAGGAAAAGGUCUCUGAUUGAUUGGGCUCUGAGGAGGGGACACUUUAACCAAUCCGAUGGCCUAUCUGACCCACAAACUGCCUCUCACAAGCUAUUUGGCCAGCCUCUUUCCUCCAUUUCUCCUGAUGGAAACCUGCCCAAGCCAGUAAUGAUUGUGGAGUUUUUACGCAAACUGCCUGGUGGUGUUUUGUGCUGUGACUUAUAUGAGGACUGGAUGGAAGUGCUACAGACUGAGGAUCAACAAGAAAGACUUAACAGAGUCAGAAGUUUGCUUGCACAGUUGCCGGAGGAGAAUGUCACCUUGCUGUGUCUCUUAUUUGGAGUGCUACACAGGAUACACACUCACUCGGAGGAGAAUCAGAUGACAGCAACAAACCUGGCACUUUGCAUUGCACCCAACAUGCUCUGGAGGUCUUCCCAAAUCAGCCCUGACAAAGAGGGACAGAGUGUGUUGCAGGUCGCCGCACUCAUCCAGUACCUGAUUGAAAACACGCCUGCCAUAUUUGGAGAUGAUCUGGAGAGUCUGUUCACCAGGCAAAUGAAUUCAGGGCAGGAAACAAGUGACUACGCAGAUGGUUUGUAUCUUCUUCAGCACUCCUCUUCAGAGGACACAGAUCAAGACUUCACCGUUUCUUCCCAACUAUUGCCUGAAGUUCAUCCUCUUUUCCUCCCUCUGGCUGCACUUUCUCUGAAAGAAAAGAGGAGACCCCAGCCCUUUCAUAUUGAUAUGCAGUCGACAGAAGUCACCUACAGCUGUGGAACACUGGAUUCCAUUUCAUCAUGUUCCAGUGCUUCUGUAAGCAUGCUGGGGGUUGGGGAACUCAGCCAAUCACGCGAUCGUUGCCUCUCUGAGCCUACCAUGUAUUUUUCCACACCCCAAACGCCAGCACCAAAUCAUAGCCCUGUUAUCCGCCAAUCCAGCUAUGAUGCAGCUGUAACAGACAGCAGAAAUGAGCAGUCACGCAGUUCCUGCAAAUCACACAAUUCUGGAAUGGGUACAAGACGACGCCGUUGCACUUUUUGGAAGUCGCCGCAAAUCCCCACCCGCUUUCGUCAUCCUGCGCAGAGAUUGGCCAGCAUGUCAAGUCUGUCAUCUACUACCACUUCUUCCCUCAGCUCACUGGAUAGUAUGUUGUCUCUCAGCUCUGCUGAUCCAAUUCCCAACCCUCAAGAUACACAGCCCCGGCCCUUUCUGUUUGGAGCUACUGCGAGACUGCGGCCUCUCAGCUACUGCGAGACUGCGGCCUCUCAAAUGUCCAGAAAGCAGGGUACAAGUACUUUCACUAACGAAGAGGAAGAGAACAUUUGGAGAGAAAGAGUUCAAGAGAUGGAAAAUGAGAAAGAGAAUGAAUUUGAAGUAUCUUUUCGUGACUGUGAUGGAGAAAGAGCAGUAAAGGAUGGAGAAAGUGUCGAGAAUGAGGAUGCCAUAAGCUGUGAGUCCUUCAGUGAUAUUCAUGAGGUUAAAGGUGCAACAAGACCAUGUGCGUCAGAUUGUCUUGCUGGGACUGUGUGCAGCGUGGAGUUUAGUGUGAAUCCAUUACAUUCCUCCACCGCAUGUCAAAUAGAGCCCAAUUCUGACAUGAAUUCACAAGCAAUCUCACUGAAUCCAUGCAGUAUAUGGACAGUCCCAAAGGCGAAUCUGAUUGACAGUGUGAUACAGGAAUCCCAGGUCACACAAAUGCUCACAAACACACCCACAAUGACACAAAAACAAUCCAGUAGCAAAGGAGAAAACUCUGUAAGUCAGCUGCAGCUGGAGCAUCCAAAUGCUCACUCAAACAUUCAUGCCUCAGGUGGGCAGAAAGUGAGCAGAAUGAAAAUCACAGUCUUUCCUUCUGCAGGAAGAGUGAUGCUAAAACAUUCAAAGGUCACGGAUCAAACCCAAAACAUCCUGGUGGAAACAGAGCAGAAAGUUGAGGGAAAAGUGCGAGAAUCUGUUCAGGUACAAAUCCCCCAGACAUUGUUUUAUGGUCAUAAUGUUCCGUUAGUAUUACUUACUACACCGCCGCAGCAAACACCAGUCCAGGUGAGGACACAUUGUACUUCUCCUAAUGAUGUGGAUGUGAAAGACGCAGGCUUGAGUGCUAAAGCUAAUGUUAGCAUUGUCGCAACUGAUAUGAGCAACGACGUAGCAACGGCACAGAAAAGUCCUACCGUUCAGAGCGUCAAAUCUGUUAGUCAUAGCAUGAGCACUGUUGAAGACCUGCACCAUCCUGGCUGUACUACUGAAACCGCUAACCCUGCUGUUAGCAUUAGCAGUGGUUAUAGUGUUAACCCAAGUAUAAAAGUCUUUCAUAGCAGUGCUAAUCAGAGCGUGGCCAAUCCGAAACCUGCUAACAAAUGCUCAGGAACUUUUCGCCACACAAUCUGUAUCAAGCUGCCUGGCAACAGAGGGACAGCACAGAACAAGCCAUUACCAUAACUAAAUUUGGUGAUGUAAUACUACAUGGUGGUGAGGUGAGGUGAGGUAUG